AUGGUGCGCAUGAUCCAACUCCCUUGCGCCCCUGUACGACUCUUGCGCCGCGUCAUGCGACAACUCGCUCCCCUGCGAUGGGCGGCGGCGCGGCUGCCACCGGCCUCAGCGGACGAUGGGACAGCCUUGGGCCUUCAAUGCGUCGGCGUCGCGCGCGGUGCGCCGGGGAAGGUCCAGGCCUUUGGGCGUUUGGAGGCGCUGAUGGAUGUCAGGGACCACGAAGGGAUCAGGCUGCUGGGAGCCCCACUCGACACGGGCGAUGGCAGGCAACCGGUUGAACUUCCCGAGUGUCACCCCAUGCUCUCCUCAUCUUUGCAACGUCUCGGCCGACACUUGCACCAGCUGCUGCUUCGUCAUGUUGCUCGAAGGGGCUGGAGCCUCGAUGGCGAAUGGUCCCACGAGUUGUUAUUGAACCUCUACAGCCAGAGUUCUCAUGGAGCAGCGCCCCUUGCGCCGAAGCUGUACGUGCACAAAGAUUUGUCUGCCUUGACGCUUCUGUCUCUUGCAUCUUUGCGGAGAGUGUUUGACAAUAUGUUUACCCUACUGAAAUGA